AUGCCAACCACAACAGAUCCACAUGUGCUUCCUGGGCUAGAAUUCAAGGCCUACUGUGAAGACAGGGACUUCAGGGCUCAAGGGAAGCCUGAGCCUAACAGUCGCUCCCAGACAGUCAUCUACCGUUUACACGACAAAAAGUGGUGGAUCAAAAUCACAUUAGAAGGCGCAAUCCCAUGCUCUUCCUGUGAUGUCAGGCCAGGGCAAAUUAAGUCAAAACGCGAACGACGUAAUGAAUUGCAAGAAUUUGUCACAAAGAUUGACUUCCAAUCGCUGGCCCUGCUGAAUGAUACUGUAACUGAAAUUGUUUUGAAGGGGGAAACGAAAAAUCUUGACAGCGCCAACCUGUGUCUCGAGCCGGAACUUAUCGAUCAGCCUACUUGGCUCAUCGGCAAUAUGCGAUACCAUAUUCGCGAGGAUCCUUUGAGAGUGAAAUACCCGUCAUCCGUUCAAUUUCCGUCAUUCCGAGCCGUCGAAAUCUCAGAAUUGAUACAAGAGGCUGAAAUAACCAAUGGAGUGUUUCGCGUUUUCCACAAAGGUGACAGGACACCGUAUAUUCUCAAGGUAGUCAACCGCCCUUUUUACCACCCACGAGAUACGGACGUUUUACAACAAGAACUGGAAAACCUCGAACUGUUCAGGGGGGCGAGCGGUAUAGUCCAGGCCGCUGGCAUUGCAGUGUUCACCAAUCCCUAUGCCACCUGCCAGGAAGGCAGUCAACAGAUGGUCAUCAAUGGUAUUUUGUUAGACUUCUAUUGUGGUGGCUCUUUACAACAAGUCCUGAAAGAACAAUGUUUCAAUGAUAUCAGCUCUGAGAGCUGGGCUAUUCAAAUUGGGAAUGCGUUGGAUACUAUUCACCGCGUGAAGAAAACCCACAUGGACUUGAAGCCAUCAAAUAUUGUUUUGGACAAAGAUGGCAAUGCCAUUAUCAUUGACAUCAGCGGUAUUGGUGGAGUAACGCAUGAAUGGCAAGCUCCAGAGAUACGGGAUGAAAUAUCACCCUUUGAUCUCCCGUUUCAGACGCGUCAGUUGAAUGAUAUUUGGGCUUACGGAAAGGUUCUGCAAGAAAUCGCAUCAAAAGUCAAAGAUUGUUCUUUUAGGAAGACUCUGAGCAUGGUUGCAGAUCAUUUAACUGAAGAUGUUACUACUCGGUGGACUUUAUCUGAAGCAAUUUCUCAGUUGAGAAUUCGUCAUCAUAGUGAUUGA